AAGUUUGUUAGUUUGUCAGUCCACUUGUAACGAUCGAAGAGCGGUGAACAUCGAGGAGAGGUCGUGGAGGAAUUUACCAUCUUAGCCACCAUCGCCGUUCGCCAAUUACACCAUGGCUGAUACCGAAAAGGCGCCGCAGCCGCAGCCCCAGCAACAACAGCAACCUGAACAACAAUCUCAAAAUCAGCAAGCCAAGGCGGCUAAACAAAAGCAGGUCAUUGCUGAAAAGGUUUCGGGCACCGUAAAAUGGUUUAACGUCAAGAGUGGAUAUGGUUUCAUCAAUAGGAAUGACACGAAGGAGGAUGUAUUUGUGCACCAGACGGCGAUCGUCCGUAACAACCCACGUAAGGCUGUGCGCUCGGUUGGCGACGGCGAGGCGGUGGAGUUCGCCGUGGUGGCCGGCGAGAAAGGCUAUGAAGCAGCCGGAGUGACUGGCCCCGGUGGCGAGCCGGUCAAGGGCUCACCCUACGCUGCCGACAAACGUCGCGGCUUCCCACGCCAAUUCUACCCUCGGCCUGGAGGCGGACGUGGUGGUGAGGGUGCUCCCCGCCGAGGUGGCAUGGGACGUCGUGGGCCCCCGCCCAACCAAGGGGGCGCGCAGGGUGAUGAGGGCCAGGAAGGAGGUGGUGCACCACCACAGCGUAGCUACUUCCGUCGUAAUUUCCGCGGAGGACGCCGUGGGGGUGGUCCGCGGCCUAUGUACCGUGGUGGAUAUCGGUAUGUGCGCCCACGCAACAAUCAGGGGCAAAAUCCAAACCUAAGUCAAGGACCAGGCCCUCGUCAAAAUGGUCAAGAAGGUGAAGUACAAGCUUCUGCUUCCACAACACAAGCACAGGGCAAGGGUAAAGCUACCAACAAGGCCGCCGGUACAACCAUCGAGACCACCACCAAUGAGAGCCAGGCUUGAAAGGCCUUCAUAUAGUGUGGCACGCCUCUAGUAGUGUAUAUGAAUUCCAGCCGUGCCGCACACCAUCACAACUUACUGUCUUGUCUAUUCAACUACAGAGUGUUUUGUUGCAUCAUUGCAAUCGGUGAUCAGAUUAUUGUAAACCAAUUUUAUGUGUAGAGGUAACUAUUUUAAGGGGGUGUCACAAGUGGAACUGCAUAUUAUCUUGGAUGAGCGAUGUGAUAGUUUUAUUUUAUAAUAUGUUUUAUACUAUUUGGCCAUUGGGCGACGAUCGAUAAAAUCAAAUUAUUUUUUCUAUUUAAUAAGUAUUAUGGAUUGCUGCACGCAUUUGCCUCUAUUAAAUUGUAUGUUUUAAUAUUAAAAGGUUUUUUUAUGAUUAUUGGUAUACCUGUAAAAUUAUAAUGUCCUUUAAAUGAGAAGUUGUGCAAUUUUAAAUUAUAAUAUGUAUGUAUUUGUAUUGAGAAAUGAUAUGCAGGUUCCGGGGCCCCAAGAGGAUCUUAUAUUUUUUUCAACUUCUAAAAGUUUUUAUUUCAUGUAUCAUUUUUUAAAAUUUUAGUUGUACUUGUAACAUUAACACUCAGAAUUAAACUUCUUUUUACCUGUG